AUGCCGCAAAAGCGUGCGGUCGUUGUUAUCGUUCUCAGUGUCUUGCUGAGUGUAUCUACUGAAGAGCCACCGAUUACGUGGCCAGAUCCACGCCACUUCCAUGCAAAUGUCGAUCGAAGAGAUGGCAAAUCAUUGAGUCUCUCCUGGCCUGUGAGCCAAUACUGUCCACAGAAUGUCCUCCAGAAUUUGUCAGUAACCAUUACAAAGGUUGGAGAUAGAAACUUCUCCAAGCAUAUCACCGGGAAAAGUGAACACCUAACUGUCAUACUUGAACAAGUUGAAGCCGUGUAUCAAGUCACGGCCAUUAUGAAGACUCAAUUCAAUAUGAAGGGAGUAUCUGCCAUCGCGACCAUAACAACGGGCGGUAGCCCUCUCUUUGGCUCUCACCUCUCACUACCGGUUCAGGAGAUUUCUCAAGCUCGUGUGGUCGGUGAUGGUCCAUACGUAGUGGUAUUAACGCACCAAAUUACGGAGAAAUGCAUGCUGGUCAUAUAUGAUGCGACUUCCGCAAACUACACGAUCGAGGCAAUGAAUCUCUGCCAGAAUGGGCAACGUGCGUCACUGGCAGUUGUUCUGCCAAUAGAGAAACGACCGUUGAAUUUCCUUCCUAAACUGAACCUUCUUGAGUUCGCUAUCCCAAGCAAAAUACUUGAAGGUCUUCCAAAGUUCGAUGUCAGAACCUACUCAGUUCCCAACAAUUCGGAUUUGGAACUUGAUCCACCGUGCGAUAUCUACGGGAGGUUGGUGCUGAUCUCACCCGAGACUGCUCGCCUCACUGUCACCUUCCGUCCACCGACUUCGCAUCCUCGAUUGAUCCAUAACUUCACUUUUGUUUUCAGUCAUACUAACGAGACAAUUGUUUUCGAAGUCAUUGACGGUAGGGAUUUUUCAAAAUACCGUAACAGGAGUGUCAUUCCGUAUAGCAAGAUUCAACAAGCUCAACAGGAGAAGACCAUGCAUUUCGAGGUUGCUCCAAAAACACCCUUCGGCUACCCAGGCAACUACACUGUCACAGCGUUUACAAAUGACGCCGUGACGAAAAGAGCUGUUUACCCCAUUAUUAUGCCUAAGUUCUUCGCCUUGCAGCCCUCACAUCACGAGAUAUCAGUCUUCUGGUAUAGCGUAACAGUUAAAUGGGGAAAACCACUGAUGUUCAAUUCUUCUUGCACUUAUCGCGUGAAGGCGGAUCCAUACAACACGGGCGCAGUCAGGCAGGUUCAGCAGCCUCUGUACGGCAGACAAUGGGUGACAUUCGAUAACCUCUCUCCAGGAGCCAUAUACAGCAUCAAAUUAGAAAGCACCUGUACUGGAAGCAAGCCCUUUUGGAUUCACCUAGGUGAUGCUGAAACCGAUGCUGGAGCACCGGGAACCCCAAGAGACGUGAAGUUGACGCUAAUUGGUCCAAAAACAGUGAAUUUAACCUGGAAUCCGCCGCUUUCACUGCCGGGUCGACACCCCUACUAUGAAUGGCGUUGUGAGGCCAAGAAUAACAGAGCUGUUAUUAGUGAUAAAACGGAAGACACGUAUACGCUUCUCGAAAAUAUUGCGCCAGGAGUUCUGUCGUGCACAGUUCAAGCAGCGAUGAAGACAAAAGGCUUCAUGGAUAAGUAUGGCGGUGUUAGCAGUCCUGUCCAGCUACUUGUGCCAUCUCCAGAUCUUCCACAAGCACCGCCAGUUCAAAUCAUUCUAAUUGACGAGAGAACAGUGGGCUUAAAUUUACUCCCAGUACCCCGAUCCGAUGUUCUUGGAUUCAUCGUAACUGUCGAUUCAAAUCUCACGAUCUCCUUCUACCUUAAUGAAGCUGAUGGACCCUUUUCAGUUAAAAAAAUGGGCACCCCAACCGCAAAGGCCUUGCGUACUGGCCCAGCGAGCCUUACUCUCACAGAUUUGACGCCGUAUCAGACCUACAUCAUAAAUGUCACAACCCUAUUCACCGUCAAUUACAAUACGACAAGUAGUUAUAUCGUUCAACCCACUCCACCAGAGUAUUGGACCACCAACGUGUCAACCAGCACCCCGAGGUGGACUACCACACAACAAGAACAACCUCCUUCCACGACUGCUACAGUUGGCAAAUACCAAGAUCCUCCUGCUCGCUGUUUUCGGGUGUGCAGGUUCAUUUCUUCUAGCCGCCACCUCCGGGAUACUUUUGCAGAAAUGGCGCCGGAAAAACGCUGCAAAAAUGUUAAAAGAUCCUCCUCCUGCAGACUUACCACAGUUUUCGGAUGA